CCCGGUGAACGCCCUGGAGACGAUCCCUGGAGUUCUCGGUGUAACUGAUUUAUUUCCCUCGGUCAAUCCCCAAAUGAAAAACAUCCCUUCUGUUCACGGAGGGAGAUACCCAUCAAGAGAUAUCAACAGAUCAGAAAAACAGCGUGCACCAAAUCCCUGAGGACAACCUGGUGACGAUGCUACCAAACCAGGAUCUCUGAGGUUCCGUGUGGCUGGAGAACCGAGUGCGUCAACACCGCGGAUAAGUACACUGAUCUGUAAUCACAGUGUACAAUUGGCCUGUAACUGGUGAUGCUGCAUUGUGAGUAGGGUGCAAUGAUACCGUCAAUCGACCGAGUGAUCAGCACCGACGGACGACGUGCCAAGGUCACGUUAAUCAGACCGGAAGCGAUUGAGAUUGAUAGUUGGUAGAGUUAACGGUGGUUUUAAUUAAAAAUCAUGAAAUAUCAGGUGUCAGUUUGACAUUUACGUUGUUUCGAUAAUCUGGGGGAUAUAUUAAGGUAACGCAGAACUGUUUACGCCGGUGAAAUCGAUCGGGUUUUUGUGGUGGCUUGAUGAUGAUGAUUACUGAUGCUCUGGUGGACAGGUAGCGUCGAGUGCUGUUAGCAUUUGGCAGUGGUGGAUACUGGGGGCAAUGAAGAUAACGCAUUUUCUCACGUCACAUCGUUGCUGCUGUUGCUGCUGGUACAACGGCACUGUUGUUCUUUUUGGCGAGGCUGAGAAUCGAGGUACUCAAGGAGUUGAACGUCUUGAUCGUUUUCUGAUAAGAUCAGUAGAUUAUCCGAUGGGCAGAUGAUAUGGAAACCGAGGGCGAAGAGGAUCUGCCAGCAGAAACGGAUUACGAGAUAAAUCACAAUAAUAAUUUAAGUACAAAUGCAGUAAUAAUGAAAAUUUCAACAAUACCCCGUUCGCCAGAGGCGGCAAAGAAAAAAGAAUGCAAACUGGUGCAGUCAUCGAGCGAUCGAUCCGAUUCAGUAGAUUGUCCAGGUCCCGGUACAUCGGACACCCCAUCCGAUCCAAUAAAAAUUGAAUCAAAAAUAAAUUUAAGUGGGAGUAUCAAGACUGACAUUAAAGAGGGUAGUGAACUGUUGAAACUGACCAAGAAUAAGAGAAUACCAUGUCCCGAUACUAUCCACGAAUUUGAGGAAGACACUGGCCUGACGAUGGAACGAGUUGGCAAGUACUUGGAGAGCAAUCCCUCGGUGGUUGAAGCGUGGUUGAGAGACAAGGCAAGCCCAGAGUUGAAGAUGAGGCUCUUGAACACGAAUUCGCAACGAAAAACUGCAACCCUCAGCCUGAGACCACCCCCUGAUGAGACACCAAUGGUUCGCCCCAAGCGUAACAGCAUCACCUCGGAUCUAUUCCAAUCCUGGCUAGCCUCCAGCUCUCCAAAACGCAGCAGAAGCCCGAGCAGGUUACCACUGUCUCUCUCAGGACGUCGAGAGGAGUUGAAUCAGCUGGACGAGGGAGAACUCUUCAUGGAGCUCAUAAGAGAUGUUGCCAAUGAGCUAGAUAUUAACGUUUUGUGUCAUAAAAUUCUUGUUAACGUUGGACUUUUGACGCAUGCGGACAGAGGAAGUUUAUUUCUUGCUAAAGGUCCCCCAGAGGAUCGUUAUCUCGUUGCAAAACUCUUCGAUGUCACCCAAGAUACGGAGCUUGAGGAGGCGGUCCAGAAGGCCAAGAGUGAGGAAAUUAGAAUACCAUUUGGCAUUGGUAUAGCCGGCUAUGUUGCUCAGACAAAAGAGAUUAUCAAUAUCAAGGAUGCGUAUGAGGAUCCUAGAUUCAAUAGUUCCAUUGACUUGAGAACUGGAUACAAGACCACUCUCAUUCUCUCAAUGCCCAUUUGUAAUUACGAGGGUGAUGUCAUUGGGGUUGCUCAAAUUAUUAAUAAAACAAAUGGUAGCAACGAAUUCAUGGAUAGGGACGUCGAAGUAUUUCAAAGGUACCUGACUUUCUGUGGAAUUGGAAUUCAGAAUGCCCAGUUGUUUGAGCUGUCUGUCCAAGAGUACAGGAGAAAUCAAAUUCUACUUAAUCUAGCGAGAAGUAUAUUCGAGGAUCAGAACAAUCUCGAGUGUCUUGUGACGAAAAUAAUGACUGAAGCCAAGGAGUUGCUCAAGUGCGAGAGAUGUGCUGUGUAUCUGCUGGAUUUGGACUGUGGGGAGGCUGGACAUCUUGAAAAAAUAGUGGAGAGACCCGGCAAGUCGAUUCAAGAGGACCGGAAGCCAUUGUCCAGACGAGAAAGCAAUAAUAUUGAUAUGGAGGAUAUAUUCCUGCGUCACACUACAAGUGAUGGAAGUGCCAAGUUCACGAUGGUCUUCAAGAUGGAAAAUGGUACGCAGGAAGCUCAAGUCAGCCGUCCAAGUACCAGUGAUCUUUCCAGUCCCCUGGGAAAAAUCGCCAAGUAUGUGGCUAGCACGGGGCAAAUUCUCAACAUUGGAGAUGUUACGGUUUGGCUCAAACGAGAGGUCCUGGACACAGGGAAAGAUCCCAUCAGGAGCAUUCUCUGCAUGCCCAUUGUUAAUGGACAGAGGAGUGUCAUUGGAGUUGCUCAACUCAUCAACAAGGACAAUGGAAGUUCAUUUACUGACUCGGACGUCUCGAUAUUCGAGGCUUUUGCUAUAUUCUGCGGCCUUGGAAUUCACAAUACUCAGAUGUACGAGUCAGCCUGCAAAUUAAUGGCUAAACAAAAAGUGGCACUCGAAUGCUUGAGUUAUCAUGCUACUGCCAACAAUGAUGAUGCACUUCGUCUCACCACUGAUGCCAUUCCAUCCGCUGAGAAAUACAAUUUGUACAGCUUUACGUUUAUUGAUUUUGAUCUCACUGACGAAGACACUUGUCGUGCCACUGUCCGAAUGUUCAAAGCGUGCAAUCUCAUCCAGAGAUUUCACAUACCCUACGAUGUUCUCUGCCGAUGGAUUUUGAGUGUGAAGAAAAAUUAUCGACCAGUCAAGUACCACAACUGGAGGCAUGCCCUGAACGUAGCCCAAACCAUGUUCGCGAUGCUGAAGACUGGAAAGAUGGAGCAAUUCAUGACAGAUCUGGAGAUAUUGGGUCUCUUGGUGGCUUGUUUGUGCCACGAUCUGGACCACCGUGGCACAAACAAUGCAUUCCAAACAAAAACCGAAUCCCCAUUGGCAAUUCUUUACUCAACGAGCACAAUGGAGCACCACCACUUCGACCAGUGCGUCAUGAUCCUCAACUCCGACAGCAAUAACAUCUUCCAGACACUCUCCAUGGAGGACUAUCGACGAGUGAUGAAAGUGGUGGAGAGUGCAAUUCUAUCCACAGAUCUUGCUGUUUACUUCAAGAAGAAGAACAACUUUAUGGAGUUAAUCGAUGAUGGAGAGUUUGACUGGCAGAGCGAGGAGAAGAAAGAACUUCUCUGCGGCAUGAUGAUGACCGCCUGUGAUGUUAGCGCAAUAGCUAAACCGUGGGAGGUGCAGCACCGAGUGGCAAAACUCGUGGCCGAUGAAUUCUUCGAUCAGGGAGAUUUGGAGAAACUUCAAUUGAAUCAGCAGCCAGUAGCGAUGAUGGAUCGCGAGCGAAGGGACGAAUUGCCCCAGAUGCAAGUUGGAUUUAUCGAUGUGAUUUGUCUACCCCUGUACAAAGUUCUGUCCGAGACAUUUCCUUGGAUAAUGCCACUCUACGAGGGAACAGCUGAGAAUCGAAAGCAUUGGCAAGAUCUAGCUGAAAAGGUUGAGAUGGGUCUGACGUGGAUUGACAGGGACACCAUUGAGGAACCAGUUGAGGAAUUUGUCGGGCAGGAGCCGAAGGACAUUGAAUUCACUGUGACAACACUCAAUUGUGCACAGGAGAAGAAGGAUACGUCUGGACCAGCCAAGGCGUCUGAUUUUCCAAAAACAGCCCUGGGAAGAUUUGCCUCAUUGAGAAAGGGUGGACGAUCACUGGGAAAAGGUGUGAGACAUCGAUUGAGCAGAUCACUCUAUGCCAGGAGUGGAUCGGAGGACACGGGAAAGGCUAAGGUACUAUUACCAGAGAGAAAGAAUAAAAAUAAACUGUGUCUGCUCAUUUGACGGCUCACAACUUCGAGCACUCUGGAGAGCAUUCCCGAGUGACUGCGAGAACAAUUUGUCGUAAUGAACACUUUGGAGGGUGACCUUUUUCCACUGGUUACGGAUAAUUGUACAUUCUCCCCCUGGGGUUUAGAUAAAAUUAUCAAGUGGCAGAUGAGAUGAAAUUGAUUAGAGAUGCUGUUUUAGGCACUGGGCUAGUCCAAUUAAUGCCUCAGGUAGGCUUUGUUAGGCCUGUUCUAAUCAGAAUUGAUUGUUCUCAUCAGUGGAGAGCGGUGGGGUCUUGACAAUCUUUUUUUGUAUAUAUAGAUAUGGGGUGUCAAAAUUUUUGGAAAGAAUCGAGAUCCAGGGGAUGAUAAAUUCUUCAUCCUAAAUGGAAAUGGGAAAUAUGUGACUUUGGUGUAUAAUAGAGUGUAUUUAGUGUGUACACAUUAUUACGAUCUCACGAGUUCUGGAGUGACAGAUUAAUAAUAUAAGGAUUAACGAUAACAUUGAGUUAUUAAUAAUAUAUGUGAGAUUGGAUGCGUGUCAUCGGUGUUUCUCUGACUCUGUCCAAUUUUUUUUUAAUGCUCAGAAAGAGGCACGCGACUUCGGCUCACUGAUUAUGAGUAAAGGCAGAUUGUUGAUCUCUAAGAUGUAGUCAAUUUAGUUGAAAAUAUCUUCUAAAAUAUUGAGAAAUAUGUUCGACUGUUUGUCGAUUCAUCCUUUGGCAUCGCGGGAAAUAACUGAUAAUCCUGUAUCGAUGACAUUGUGUUUAUUCUAACAGAGCGAGAUUUACGUGACGAGAAGUAUGAUAAUAAAAAUGGUUUCUAGUCUUUUGAUAUAAGUAGGAAAUUAAAGUGAGUAAUUAAAUGGGGAGGAAGUACUGUCGUAACUGCAUGAGAUAACAAUAAAUUUUGAUGUACCAAAAUUCCAAGUGAAAUCCACAAGAGAAAGAGAGAGAGAGUGAGAGAAAUAAAAAGUAUGAAUAAAGUGGAGAAAAAAGGAA